AUAAGAACGCCCCGCUGGGGCAGUAGAUUGCUCAGAGCGCCAACUCCCACAACUACUACACGACAACAGAGGCGGAGGCAGCAGCAGGGAACGGAGGAUGUAGCCCGGUGGCGUGGUCUCUCGGAUUCGUCAGAACAACGGGUGGCGGGCGGUUCGCGCAAGCCCCGUGCUCCUACCAGCCCACCCUUUCCUCGUCAACCCCCUACCCCGCAGCGAUGUCCAUCUUCAACCGCGAGCGAGCGAGUCGGCUGCCCAGCGCGCGUCCCUGCCAGGACCGCGCGGGGUGACCUUCUCAUCGUCCGCAACAGGAGCGCAACAGCGCCGAGGGCCGAGCUUGAGGGUCGGACCAUGUGUGAUUACCCGGGCGCGCGCACGGACGCGCGCGCAAGAGUCCGUCGUCGAACCCAUGGAUCAGGACGCGUCAGGCCAGCGAGACAAGGAACGUCAUACGUCGACCUAUCACCCCCACUCCUGAACGGAAACGGCCAUAGCCGGCUGCGCGUCCGCGGCGUCUGCCAACGCUGCAGACGCGCCUCCGCUACAUGCCCGACGCUCACGGCCAAGGAGGCGACCACCGUAGGGCUAUCCGUGGACGACGUCAUGGACCGGCGGAGGGUCUCGCCAUGCCUCGCAUGCUCCAGCCUAGGCUCCAGCAAUGCCAACCCACCCGUGCCUCGGUAGCCGCCUACGCAUGGCACGCUGAAUCUCGACGUCCUACAAGAGGUUGGGCGUAUCCUAGCGCGCCGUCCUGGACCGCCGGGCGUAUGGACGCAGGCUCGCGGAUCUCAGGACGGACGCGGUGCGCCCCGGUGGACUUUCUUGUUGCGCCCCUACCGGAGCGCGGCCAGGGAUGGGGUAUCAGCACGCGCGGGUGGUGGAUGGCAGUUUGAGGGGGUCGAGAGUUGGUGUCAGGAAGGAUGUCAGAGGUGACGAGAAGCCUGAC